CUCUUUUCUCCAACUUCCAUCUCAACUUCCACUCUCCUCACCAUGGAAUCCCUCUCAGACACUCAGUGGGAUGUAGUGAUCAGCGGCACGGGGCUCCAGCAGUCCCUCCUCGCCCUAGCCCUCUCGCGUUCAGGCAAGAAUAUCCUCCACGUCGACCCCAACGACUACUACGGAGGCCCCGAGGCUGCCUUGAGUCUUCCGGAGGCUGAUGAAUGGGCGGAGAGGCACCGCGCGGACAGUCGAGAGGAUGCACUGUUCUCUGGCGCCGAGGUGAAGCAGCAGGCAGAUGAGCUGGCAUCGCGGCGGGCAUACACCUUGGCUCUGGCGCCGCAGCUAAUACACUCGCGGUCGAAGCUUGUGUCGCAGCUGGUGGACUCGAAGGCGUUCCGCCACAUCGAAUUUCUCGCUGUCGGCUCCUUCUUCAUCUACCAACCGCCCUCGGACUCCUCAGCUCCGUCGCUCAGUCGGAUCCCCUCGACCCGAGAAGAUGUUUUUUCCAAUACUGCCAUCCCCGUUCGGUCCAAGCGAUCUUUGAUGAAGUUCCUCAAGUUCGUUCUUGACUUCGACUCGGAGCCUCAAACUGAUAUGUGGCACCCACAUGCCGACGAGCCGCUGGAUAGCUUUUUAGCCUCCACGUUCAAGCUCGACACCGCGUUGCAGUCCUACAUCAUCACCCUCACCUUGAGUCAUAACGGCAAGAUCUCUGUCAAAGACGGUCUCACCACCAUCCAUCGACACUUGACGUCCAUGGGAGCCUUUGGCCCUGGCUUCGCCGCUGUUUAUCCUAAAUGGGGUGGCCUCUCGGAGGUGGCUCAAGUGGGCUGUCGAGCUGCUGCGGUUGGCGGUGCGGUCUACAUGCUAGGUACUGGUAUCAAAGAUGUGCGGAAAGCGCCCUCUCAGGAUGACCAGACUGAAGCCAAGCUUGAGCUCGAGCUCACCAAUGACAUGGUGGUCAAGACCAAGCGACUCAUCCAAGGCUCUGAACAGCCAACGACUGAGGGCUCACGCAUUAGCAGGCUGACAGCAAUCACAAAAAGUGACUUCUCGUCGCUCUUUGAGCUCCUCGCUGAGGGUGCUCCGGUUCCUGCUGUGGCCGUUGUUGCAUUCCCUGUUGGCUCGGUAUCUUCUGAAGACGGUAAACCCUCAGAGUACCCAGUCUACGCAAUGGUGCAUUCGAGCGAUACUGGGGAAUGCCCUUCUGGACAAUAUGCCAUCUACCUCACGACCGUUCAUGAUGCCUCGUCGAAAUCCACCCUCCAGAAGGCUCUGUCAUCCCUUGUUGCCACUGUACAAGGUGGUGAUCAAGCAUCUCAAUCAUCUCCGUGCAUUUAUCAAUUGUUCUACAACCAGUGCAGAAGCGCGUCGUCUUUAGUUGUGGACGGCAACACUGCUACAUUUCCCCUGCCACCGGUAGAUCUCGCAUUCAACGAUUCGGUGCUGGAUCCUGUCCAAGAAGCCUGGAAAAUGGUUCUCGGCGGGUCCAACGAAGAGGAUGUUGAGUACAUGAAGUUUGAGGAUCGCGAGGGUGGAGACGAGGAUGAUGCUUACGACUGAUUUCACGAGCAAACCAUAAUGAACUUAAUUGAAACAUUCCCAUUG